AUGCUUCGACCACAGCUCAGGCAGCUUUCCCGUCACAGGGAUUUUAUGUGCCCAGGUCGUCAGAUCACCAUUCGGCACUUUUCCAUUCCGCAUGCAGCCGCUGCAGCAAGUCAGAGUCCAGGUCCAUCAGCGGGCCCGAAGGGGUCGAAACAAAACCCGAAGCCUGCUCUUUCUCGCGCCCCCCGACCUUCCAACAGGCCCCCAAGUCCUAGCUCGAAAUUCCCACCACACUCAGGCAAAGUGAUUGAUGCACGGUCCUUCGCUGCAUCUCGCACAGGGGGUGAAUCGGCAAACGUCAUCCGCAGCCCCAGGCUGCGCAACGUUCGAGGAAACCAGCCGCAAAGCCGCAAGCCUAAGCCUGCAACGUCCAAAACAAGUUCGAAAAGCCGCCGCUCGGCUCGGCCCCGCCGCUCGGACAACGAGGUUGACGAUGGCGAGCAUGCACGAGCAGCUGCAAUUCAACAGAUUGAGCAAGAACAGCUAGCCCGUGGUCGACCUGUCCCCGUUCGUUACGAACCUCAGAAUAUAGAUUUCUCCACGCUCAGUGAGACGUGGCCCGCCUUUCCAACGACCUCUAAUGGCAAAUCGGCAGCUGUUCUUGAAAAGCUUUCUAGCAUCGGCGGUCGUCGCCCCAAUGGCGCUGUCCCACCGGGUCAACUAGCCUGGCGUUUGUGGACCGGCGAGCAUGUUUUCUUUAAGAGCGAGGCCGAAAAAUCAGAAAUCAUGGCCGCCGCUCAGCAGAUCUCCCAAUACCGCGCCGACAAGAAAUCCCAGAGACGGGGAGAACUCGUGGAGCCCUCGGUCGUCUCCUUCAAGCCAGUCAUUGAGAAGGACUCAAACCGGCUGAUGGAGACUCUGGCUCAAGGCAAAUACCCCGCUUUGAAAGAGGGCAAAAGCCAGCCGGCAGUCAUAGGUGAUUUGGCGAGAAACCUGCGGAACAAUGCGACAUACCACACACCCUCGACGAAGCCCCGAUUUCUUGGCAAGGUCGAGUCCCUGUUAGCCUCCAGUCGCGCUAAACGCACCUAG